AUGCCGCUGACUGGGGUGGCCGGCACGGCGGAAGUGGCGGCGCGCGGCAAGCUCGCAGCUGUCCGGGCCGGCUACUACUCCGACCCGUACGCCGAGUGCUUUGUGACGGGCGAGUGCACUCGCCCGGGGCCGCUCAUCAACCGCGGCCACCACUUGCGCGUCGCGGUGAUCCAGUCAGUCGUCUCGCAGUUCCUCGACGCAGUCGGGCCUCGCGAGGCGCAGAUCAUCUCUCUCGGCGCCGGCUUCGACACCCGCUUUUGGACGCUCUCCGCCGACGCAGAUUCGCGGCCCAGGCGCUACAUCGAGCUCGACCAGGCAGAGGUGGUGGAGCGGAAGGCAGCGCUCAUCGCGGCGCGCCCGUCGCUCCUUGCCGCCCUCCCCGAAGGGUCGCGCUGCGUCGGCCCGAGCGGGGUCGCGUCUCGCUGCGGCUACCACCUCGCUGCGGCAGACGUGAGGCAGCCCGCGGAGCUUGAGGCGGCCCUCAGCGCAGCGGGGUGGGAGCCGGCCGCGCCUACCCUCGUGCUGGCCGAAUGCUGCCUCGUCUACCUCCCCGCGCCCGCCUCGGCCGCGCUGCUCGCGUGGUUCGCCUCGCGGAGUCGCUGCGCCGCCUUCCUGGCCUACGAGCAGAUCCGGCCGGACGACGCCUUCGGGCGGACGAUGCUGGAGAACCUGCGCCGGCGCGGUAUCCCCCUCCUCGGGCUGCGCGACUGCCCCGACUUGGCCGCUCAGGUGGCGCGGUGCGAGGCUGCCGGCUGGGGCCGCGCCGAGGCGGAGGACCUGCUGCAGCUGUACGGCAGGGCUGUCACUGCGCGGGAGAGGGCGCGGCUCGCACGGCUUGAACGGCUCGACGAGGUGGAGGAGUGGCAGCUGAUGCUCUCGCACUACUGUGCCGCGCUGGCGGUGUGCGAGGAUCCCUCCUCCUCGCUGCUCGCGCGCCUGCGGCUGCUGCAUCCCAUCGGGGCGGAGGCUGCCGCCGACACCGCCGAAGAGGGAGAGGCGUCUCGAGGUAGCGGAAGAAGGGCGCCAGGAGCGAGAGUAUGCGAGUAACAAAACCCAAUCCCAAACA